GUAGAGUAUCGCAGGAAUGCUUUGAAUGGUUUUUUCUUGGUAUCGCUUUUUUUAGUUGCACCUUGGAGUAAGACCUCAAAAUGUUGAGCCGGAACCUGGCAUUGACGGCAGCUCGACAGCUACGCGCCAGGGGAGCUAUAGGAGCCAGUUCUUCUCUUGGUCCAGUGAGGCAUCGCUUUGCGUGGGGGCGAGAUGCUUUAGGACCUAAUGUGCCAGUUGGAGGCAAAAUGGGAGCUCAGGAGAAUCCUGAGCUGCACACGUGGGAUGGUGUAUAUAGGGGUUCUCCCGAGAAAGGGGACAAGCUUAUUCCAGAUUUCUUCUAUCGCACUCCUACAAUGGGUACCACAUAUACUGAUCGAUGCGUUACCUACUUUAUCUCCGCUUUGCUUUGCGGAUGGGUUACCUAUCAUAUGUAUUACCAUUCUGGACAUAUUCUUGGACAUUGGUACAUGCCUUAUCUCCAUGAGUUUUCUGACGAAGAACUCGGAAUUCCUCCAGAUUCUGCUCCUGAUCCAGAAUGUUGGAACCCCACGCCGAAGUGCGUAUGA